AUGUCGAUGGUCGCCCGCAGCACCGGUUCUCUUCGGCGCCCUGCAUCUGCCUCUGCGACUGCGCUGAAGGCAAGGAAGCCGCGAAGUUCUGUCGUGGAAGGCGAGACCUCCCGACCGCGCACCCCAUCGACGAGCGUCGGCAGUGCGGCGCGCAGCCUUUCCUCCAGUGCCCUGCGACGCUUCCUGGACCAGGAGCAGCAGUCCAAUGUGGGCACCGCUCCACCGGUUGCGUCUUCCCUCGGCUUGGUCAGCGUGCCUUCAGAAGUGGUGCGCCAAGGGCUUCUUCGGAUUGCAUCCGAGCCAAAUAUUGGUCGAGAUCUGCCAACCUGGGCUGAUCCCGUGAGUCCCAAGAACCGGAACAACCACAUCGGAAUGGAAGAGAGGCCCGGGCCAGGCUGGGACUUCACCAAUGCAGGUCUCUCCGCCCUCCGGCUCCCCACUCAGGCGGCGGAGGGCCACGUGGCCGAGUUUGCGAGGAACUGCGCUUUGCAGGGAAGGAGCAGUAUUCGAGCCUACGAGGGCCAGCGGCGAGCACUACCCCUGCGACAGUGGUCCGAGGUUCAGAACGUCUCCCGACACCGGGAAAACAUGCUGCGGGACCUUCAUCAGAAGAACAACCCGGACUACGUGCAAGCUGCGGACCGUCCGGUGCCAGUGCGGAACUUCCUGCCCUUCCAGGAAGAGGCGCGAUGUUCCUCACCGAUCCGCGCCAAGUACUGCUCGUUGCACCCGCGUGAGCAGGAACGGCUGCGAAAGCAUGCAGAGCAACGGUCAGGCUUCGGUGCAUAG